AUGCAAAAGGGACAAGACUUGUCAUGGGGCUCUCUUCCCUAUUCGCUUAUCCCUUGGCUCCAAGAAGCAUUAAUUUCUUUGGGUUACACUAAGACAACACCAGUGCAAGCAUCUACUAUUCCAAUGUUCUCCAAUAACAAGGAUGUCAUCGUACAGGCAGUGACUGGUUCCGGUAAAACCUUAUCAUAUGUGAUUCCGAUAGUUGAAAAGGUUUGUGCUUUUAUCAGAAAUGAAUCGUCAUUCAAAAAGGGUCACUUUGGGGGGUUAAUAGUGUGUCCUACCAAAGAAUUGGCUUUACAGAUCAAGACUGUAACCGAUAGCCUUCUUGAGUUUAAUCCUGAUGAAAGACAUAAGUUGAGCUCCCAAGCUGUUGUUGGUGGAAUUGGCAAUGUUACUGCAGAUGUUCAACUCUUUUUGAAAUUUCGUCCACAAAUUUUGGUUGCAACCCCCGGGAGAGCUUUGGAAUUUUUACAACAAGGCUCUGUUAAAACGUCAAGUUGCCAAGUUUUUGUUUUGGAUGAGGCAGAUAAACUUCUGGAUAGUGGUUUCUCCACCGAAGUUUCUCUCAUUUCAAAGCUUUUGCCCCGCCAAAAGAGAAUAGGCAUGUUUUCAGCAACUAUAUCAACAAUUGUGGAUCAGGCAUUUCGCAUGGGUAUGACCAAUCCUAUCCGUAUAACUGUGAAGUCAGAUAGCUUGGAAAGUGAUAUCACGCCAGCUGAGUUGAGUUUAAAUUAUGAUAUUGUUGAUUCGUCUCAAAAGUUACAAAAAUUGCUUCAUAUUCUAACAACUUUUCAAUUCAAAAGGGCCAUAGUGUACUUUCCAACAUGUACCUGUGUCACCUAUUUUUUUGCAGUAUUCAACCAUCUUCUAGAAUGUGUCGAAAGAACCAACAGUGCUUGCAGAGCUCCGAUAGUUAAAUUAUAUUCUCUUCACGGAAAAUUACACCUUGAUUCACGAACAAAAACGCUCCAACAGUUUUCCGAUACCAGUGAAUAUAAGCACAUACUUUUCAGCACAGACGUUGCAGCCAGAGGUCUCGAUAUCCCUGACAUGGAUUUGGUCGUUCAAGUUGACCCACCAACUGACCCGGAUGUUUUUGUGCAUAGAUGUGGUCGAGCCGCACGUGCAGGAAAAUCUGGUUCGUCCAUUCUCUUUCUAAGUCCUGGACUAGAGGAAAACUACGUUGAGUUCAUGAGACUCAGAAAUGUGUCUCUACGUCCGCUAUCUCAACUGGAAUUUAAACCAGACGAUUAUAACUUUGUUUAUGAGCAACUUCAAAAGUGGUUGAUGGUAGACCGAGGAAGGCAUGACAAGGCUAUCAGAGCGUUUGUUAGCUAUGUCAAAUGUUACUCCAAACAUGUUGCUUCGUCUAUUUUUCGUGUUUCCUCUCUGAAUUAUUGGAAUCUCGCUAAAUUGUUUGGCAUUUUCAGGUUUCCAAAGAUGCCUGAGAAUAAAUUCAUCCAUGACUUUCCAGAAGGAGGUUUGAUCGAUCAAUCUUUCGAUUUUGAUAGCUACAAAUAUCUUAACGAGCAGAAGGAAAUGGAAAGGUUGGCGGAUAUGAAAGAUCAGGCAAAGAAGCUUGAAAUUGCAGAGAGAAAAAAGCAGAAGUUGGCUCAGCAGCAGAAGAAUGCGGCAUGGAGUGCGCAAUCCAAAUCAAUGAAGCAUCUUUCCCCUGACUUUUCCACGAGGGCCAAACAAUCACAAAAGCAGCGUUUACUGAUGGAUGAAGAGCUUGAAAGUGGGGAGCUUGAAAGUGAUUGGAAGGAAUUGAUUCAAGCAAAAAAGAAGCAAAAAAGGGGGACCAUCAGCAACGCGUUUGAGGGUAUAUAA